AUGAGUGACCAGGAUAAGAAUGAGGAGCAUGCCGCUCCCUCCUCACCUGCUCCCAUGGACACCCCUACCAAAGGCCGUGGACGCGGUCGCGGCAAAGGCAGGGGCAAGAGGAAACCUAUCGCCAAGCCAAAGGUGACGACUGCUGUCAAGAAACCUAUCCCCACCGGCCGUCGUGGCCGUAUCAAGCAGUACAAUGAUCCGCUCGUGCAGGCGGCGUAUGAACGCCAGCGAGAGGUGAAGACGGCUUAUCUAUCCAUCAUAUCCCACGUGAAACCUGCUCUUGAAGAGCUUGCUUCUCGAAAUAUCGACAAACUAAAGAACGACUCCACCGUCCACAAGACUGUACCUGAAUACCGCGCCAUCAAAGGUCAGCUUGAUGCGAGGUUGGCCAAGGUCGUGGACAACGCCAAAGAGGUCCUCGAAACGAAACUUGACCUUAUCAAAAGGUCUCAUGGCAAGUAUGCCGAAUUCCAAGAACUUCAGUAUCAGAAUGGGGUUGAGGACAUUCUUGACCGUUUCUAUGACGCCCAGCUCGAGCGCGUCCGCCUCCUUGAGGAGAUGCAUGAGCUUGGGGUGGCGCCUGAUGUUCGUGACAACUCGUACGUCUACAAGGAGAUGUCUGAGAAAGAGUAUGAAGAACGGGGCGUUUAUUCCGCCUAUACCAAGGAUGGUAUCUUGGCACCUUACCCUUCCCGUGUACCCGGCACGGAUAUGUACGAGAAGGCGCAAAUGAUGCUCGCCCAAUACGCCCCAAAGCCUGUUCAAGAUGCCGGCUCUAAGGUGAAGAGGGAGCGCGAUCUCCGGGCUGCUGCGAUCCGUGGCCGCUUGACCGGUGCCAAGCGCAGGGCCCAACUCCAACCUGACAACCAGCCUGGAGCCAAGCGGCCCACGACAAGGAGCGCGGCUCGAGCUGGAAAUGAUGACGAUGAUGCCGACACCGGCGAUCUCGCCUCGUAUUCUGAGGAGCCGGUCAACGCACCUGCUAGGCACAUUAUGGGCAUCCUAGCCGCUGCUGUUGACAACGAUGGCGCCAGCGAGUCGGCUGCCGCAACACCGCGAGCCUCCCCAGACCCUGACGAGGACGACAAGCCGGACGACUCCAGCGGCACCACCGUCGACCCGCGCCAGCGGUCCCUGAACCGCCUCGAGGCCAGGCCGACGAACAACCGAAUUGCUGUUAAACCUGCCUUCCAUUUCGACGACAUCGAUAUCGGUUUCAAGGAUUCUACGAAUGAUGGCUCUAGGAUCAAAAACCCUGCGGGCAGAGGGAAAUACCUCAACACCCCCAACACCAACGCUUUCUAUUACGAUCCUCUUCUCUGGAAUUACGACGUCCGCUGCCAGUCAGAGACUGACCUUAAUCAGGAUCUGGUUGAAAGGCAUGCCCUCCAUCCUAGGUACGGCUUCUUCAUCGAGAACAGCGUGAAUGAGCAGGAACCCCAGGCCCCAAUCUGCGAGAAUCCCAUGCCUAUAAUCCUAAUCAGCCCCUCUGGGCUGACGCUGCAUACUUGCCGCUCCCACACGACUACUUCCGUCGCAACAUCUGCGGAUAAUUACCUGAUACGGAAGACGUUGGAGCCCGUCAUGCGGGAAUUUGUCGAAGUCAACAAAGGGCUCAGGCUCCCAAAGGCAAGAAUCAACGAGGACCAAGCGAUCCCCAAGAAAUAUGCUGGUCCUUCGCUUGGUCUUCUCGAGCCCGCCCACGACGAAGAACCGGAGUCGCCUUUGCCCGUGGAGGAGCCCGAAGAGGAAUCUUCCCCAGAACCAGUUGCCGAAGUCGACGAUGUUAUCGAAACGCCCAAGGCCCUUUCCGCUCUCGUCAAUGCCGCCAUCCUCGCUUCUGCAGAGGAUACUACGGUGAAUUCCGCGCGUGCCAAAUCCGUAUCUAGACCAUAUGAUGCCAUUCGCGAUGUUUUUGGCAGUUCAGCACCCACACAGCCCGUACCCGAGCCCCAGCCAUUCCACCUGGCACUUCUCGCUGAGAUUUGCAACUGGGAGCCGAGGCCGAUGCAGUCACAAGCACAACUAGCAGAGGAUUCUGAUGUCCCACCCCGAAUCGCCGAUACUGCGCGCCGGAUACGAUAUGGUCAACCGGCACCAGGUCCCCCUCCUCCUGUAGGAUCUAUUGGCCCCAUGACUUUGGAUCCAGGCGCUUCCACAAUGCCCAUGCCUGCUCACGUAGAAGAGGACCCGUAUCUUGACCCGCGACUCCGAGUUCCCAACCCGCCACCUCCUCAGCAGCAUUUCUACGAUCAGCCGCCCAUGGCGCCCCACCAGCCUCCUGGUCCUUACAGCUCACAUCCCCCGCCGCCCAUGGGCAUGCAAAAUCAGAUGAUGGUGGCUGGCCCCUCCGGUCAAGUACACGGCCAGGGGCCCCCUCCCUCAGAGCCACUUCACUACGGAGGUCACCGACAGCCACCGCCUUCGCAGGCGCCAUACCACGCAUCCUCUUCCCCGCCGCUUAGGCCCUCGACCACCGGCCUACCGCCCUUGCGGCCACCCCGCCAGAUGGGCCAUCCCCAGGUUUUCUAUACUGGUCCUCCCACGAUGCCCCACCCAAGUAUGGUUGCAUCUAAUGCCGGUACCUUUUACCCGCCUGGGCCCGCACGACCGUACCAUAACAGCUUCCCUCCUCCCCCGCCCCCCAGGAGCAGCACGAACGCUUGGAAGGGCCAUGUCGAAAAGGCCGCGGAGUCGAAAGACGGCCGAGGCGGAUACGCAAACAAGGAAGAUGCCGAGGAAGCCAUCUUCUAA